CGACCAUUAAAAAAGAGGAUGUAUCAUGAGGAGUGGUGCGUAUGCAAAUAAAAGAAACGAAACAGAAAGAAGUCAAAAGAAGCAAAGCUACAUUUCUUGAGGUGGGCAAAACAUAAAUAUUAAGAUACGUCUUUGAAAAAAAGAAUGUAUCAAAAAAAGAGAGGAACUAUAAAUAUCACAGUAUUUGAUAGAUUUCAGCUUGUUUUUUUAAGACUUGAUCUAUAGCAAAGGAGAAUGGUCUCAUCAAUCACUCUUUAAUCUCUCGCAGCGGCCUGUUUAAUGCCAAUUGUUAUGGCACAGACCAAGUCUGUCAUUCCCUUAACUAAACUUGGUAUCGGUCUUACAAGAGAAGCUUCUGGUAGUUACUAUCAAUUGGAAUGCAAUCCUAAUGGUGGUAACCACCCUAAACCUGAUAUUACUUGUGCCUUUGUCUACUCCUUGAAUGGUAAUCUUAGCCAAACUAUUGGCAGAGGUCGUGAUUGUCAAAUCAUAGCAAAGCCAUUUGCUGUUACUGUUAUUGGAGAAUACGAAGGUGAAGAAAUCUCGUACCAUGAAAUUUUUGAAAAUGAAUGUCAAGCUCGCAACCUUUUCAAUGAUCUCUUCCCUAAUGGCAAAUGAUAAAUAAUGCUCUAUGUUUUAUCUACAUGGUAUCAAACAAUGAUGUGUCAACAUGGUUUUAAGAUUAGGAUUACUUGAGGGAAGAAUUUUGAUUGUGCAUGUAAGCCUAUUGACCUCUUCUGGCGACCAGAUGAUUAAGGUCUUGUUAUUUGGGCGACAAUUUUAAUUUUUCAAAGAUAUUUACUUUGGUCGAAUACGCUGUGAUCGCCCAAUGAGCAACACCCAAAAUAUUUAGAUAUCAUUCUUGAACUAAUGUAUCUAAACAAUAUUCCCUUUUUU